UGCUACGCGUGUAAAUAGCGCAAAAGCCCCUCCAUGAAUGAGCAUUACAUGAAUGCCUGUUAUUUAAAACAAGUUAAAACGAUUUAUUUCGCAUUGUAGGAUAUUUAGGCAUUUUUCAGUCUGUUUAGCAUUGGUCGGAGAUGGUAACUUUUAUGUGUAAACGGAGCUGUUUUGUCUAGGGACCUCAGUAAUCCCUGACAGAUGUGAAGUACUCGUUACAUCGGGCAGCACGGACUUCAGUGGCUCAAACAGUUGGCGUUAGCGUUAAAAUAUAACCCUAACCGAGCUUAAAAGAGUUACAUUUAUUAAAAGAAUACAUUGUUAACACUGAAGGCAUGAAUAAGCGAGAAGGUGAAGGAUGUCCCCGGAAAAAUGCUGAUGCAGCGCAGGAUCGUGAUGCGAGUGCCAACCCAUUCUCACCUGUCAUUGCUGCUUUCAAAGUUUUCCAGCAGGAGCUUGACACCAAACAUGACAAAUAUGAGCGUCUCGUUAAGAUCAGUCGAGACGUCACCAUCGAAAGCAAGAGGACCAUUUUUCUUUUACAUAGAGUGACCAGUGUACCAGAUCCAGAGGAUGUUCUGAAUGAAGCAGAAGGGAAACUGGAUGGAGUCAGGCAGAAAAUUGGUCUAAUUGCUGAAGAGCUCAGAGGAGAGGACAUCUAUCAGUUUCACAGAGCUUUCACACCAGGGAUCCAGGAGUAUGUGGAGGCCGUCUCUUUCCUGCACUAUAUCCGUCAUCGCAGCCUUAUCAGCCUGGAGGAGAUCAACGCCAGACUGGUGUUCAUGAGAACAGAGAAGGUAGAUCCUAAGGGCUCAUCUGAAGCCCUGCAGCUGGGAGCUCAGGUCCUGACCUUCCAGGUGACGCCCUCAGACUACCUGCUCGGCGUGGCUGACCUGACCGGAGAGCUGAUGCGGAUGUGCAUCAGCAGCGUGGGCAACGGUGACAUCGACACACCCUUCCAGCUGAGCCAGUUCCUGCGGCAGAUCCAUGACGGUUUCUCCUACAUCGGGAACACGGGCCCCUACGAGGUGUCCAAGAAGCUGCACACGCUGCGACAGAGCCUGGGCAAAGUGGAGGAUGCCUGUUACACCCUGCGUGUCCGCGGCUCAGAAAUCCCCAAACACAUGUUGGCUGACGUGUUCUCCAGUAGGACCACACUCAUCGACCCUGAGGAAGGAGUGGUUUAAGUCCUGCACAGCUUUGACCACAUAGUUUAUGUUCUUUAUGGUGUCAUUGUCUGCUUUAGUUUUGCUCUAGUUUGAUGAUUGUAUGUAUUUUAAAUGUGUUUUGACAGAUGUUUGAUAAGUUUUGUGACAUGCUUUCUAAUUUUGUUGUUAUUGUUACAAUAAAAACAGCUUUACAAUAGACAAAGUAUUUUUUUUCUUUGAUAAAGAUCUGAUGACUUCACUUGUUUUGCAUGAAUAAAAGUUCUGUGCCAAAUA